AUGAUGAAUCGAUUCCGCAAACACAAGAAGGCGAAGGAGCCCGAGGAUCAAGAAGGGGCCUCGUCAGGAUUCAGCCUGAAGCCAUCGAAGAAGAAGGAGACACCAGAACCCAAACCAGAUUUCGAUCUAUCAGCCGCACUGCCCUCGACAGACAACUUCCGCACCAGUCUGCUAAUGCCCAAGUUGUCCGCUCGAUUUAGCAUGCUGAAGGAACAGGACGACCCACUAUCCAUGCUAGGAAAGGCCAGUGACGAUAGCGUGUUAUUUCCUAAGCGCGCUUCUCGACUCAAUUUGUUCGGCCACAGCCCCGCCAUGCUGGCAGAUAUCGACGAGGUUUGCUCCAACGACGGUAGCCGACCCUCCCUUGCACUCGACCGCAGUGGGGGCAGUAUGAUGAGCAGAGCCCGUCGCGCCGAGGGCAAUAAUCUGUUCGGAGGUCGCCAAAAGAUUUACAAGAUCCCGGUUAGAUCGCCAGUGGGAACAACCCCCGAUGCGCCAGAGGGUGGUCAACGGACCAUGGGAAAGCCGGUAUACGACCACGACAUGAACCUAUCUGCUUUUCAGCGGUUGCGCCUCAAGGAGAAGGAAGAGAGAACGGCGGAGGCCGCCCGGGAAUCUGGAUAUGCCGCCUCAACUGCUUCCUCUAACAGCCGAGCCACAUACUCCUCCACCGCAUCUGGACCUCUGUCAACAGUUCCCACAUCAACUGCAGCAACCUCGGCCGACGAGUCGCCGUUGAAUACAUCUCAAUCUCCAAUGACUGGUUAUCCCUUCCCCGAAACCCAUCCGGAGGCCCCUCGACCCGGUCCUGGGAUGUCUACCCCGCGCAAUGGUUCAAUCCGUACCCGUCGUCUUUACGGACAAGGAUUGACCCAGGCUGCUCAGAACCAGCAGAACUCGACCUUGAACCGCCUGGAGAGUCUGAGUCGCCAGCGGGCUGGAACUCCAGACCUCCCCUCUUUGAACCGCAACUACUCCAGAAGUGCCACCAACCUGCGGGGCCGCCUGCAAAAGCUUGCGAUUGUCGAGCCACCUUCUAGCUCACAGCCAACUAGCCCACCUUCAUCCGCAACGUCCCCGAAGCCCCGCAUGUCCGGAGAAGCUGCACUCAGAGACCGGCUAUCCCCUACAGCGGCAACGUUUGGGGCUCCUCCCUUGAGCCCACCCACAAGCGAGAAUGACGAGGGUUCAUCGCUGUUGGCCGCAUCACUUCACCCAGAAGAUCACGGAAAGGCUACAGCUAUGGGCUUGUUCAACCGGCCUACCACUGGCUUCGAUGAGCAGGCAUUCUCCCGCCGCCAACUUCAAAUGCACCAGGGACGAGAGACCCCGCCUCCACGCCGUGCAUCACCUCCGCGCCGACCUCUGCCUGCAGAGCCCGUAGGCCGUGCUCGGGGACUAUCCAAGUCCAGUUAUCGUUCCCGAGCAGGGUCCGCCUCGUCUCACUAUAGUAGUGAUGCGCAUCGCGGCAUCGAUCAUUCUUGUGCGUCCAGCGUUGAGGCUUCUCCUUUCAGACCUGGGGUGAGGACUUUCUAUGCCAACUCAAGUGCUAGCGAGUCCGGCGAUGAAGGAGAGAACCGGUCUUCGCGCGAAACCCCUUCUGCAGCUGCACUGACCAGCGAGUACGGCCCGCCGCUUCAGCACUCGACUGUAGCAUCUAACAAAUCAUCAACUCCCACGAAGGAUCACCUGGAAACGCUCCCCGAAGUGAGAUACUCCGAUCUAGGUGAUCUUAGACCCAUCAACGAGAACGACCUUGAUUUCACAAUGUCACCCCCUGAAACCAGUGAUAACACACCCAAGAGGCCUGACUCGCCAACCCUGCAGCCAGAUCAAGGCUUUAGUGGAAUGGGGGGAAUGGUUCGAUCUCACCUGCGUCAGGAAAGUGACAGAUCUUCCAUCUUCCCUCCCCCUUCACCUCACCAGAACGAUAGCUAUUUCCCGAAAAUGGCGGCCCAGAAAGCGACUCCCCAGCCACCGGCCGCUCCUCCCAAGGUAGCACAACCUCCCGAAGAGAAUCGGCCAUCAUCAGAAACACGCCCAGGAACCUCGAGCUCGCAAUCUCCUUCUGGAGAUUCUGCGGAGGGCACGGGUUCUCGAAACAGCGAAGAGUCAUCCGCACCUGGGACUAUUGCCGACACAGCUUCUGUAUCGAACGGCUCUUCCUGGAGGGAGGAAUUAGAACUUCAUCAUCGUCGUCAUGGGAGUACAGAGACCCAAAGGGAGCGGGAGGAAUUUGCCAUCGAACUGGCAGAGAGGCGUAGAAAGGUGCAGGAGAAGCUGCGAAGUGUUGCUGAGAACGAAAGUCGAUCCAGCAGCCCCACUCCUGGCCGGUCAACUCCGGACUUAUCCCGGACUGGUAAUGCAUUUGCCAUAUUGAAGCAAAAGUCGAGUAAACAGGCUGGCGGGAAGCCGGAUCAGAAGAAGCUGUUCGGUUAUGUCGGUGGCAAUUCGUCCACGCCUGCUCUCUCUUCAGAUGACUCGUGGCGUGAAGAGGAGCGGCCCUCUUUCAACUUCGGCCGGCACUCCAACUCCAGCUCUCCACAUAUUGGAUCGGAGCGUUCGCUCAGGUCUCGUAUGCCAUCUAUGAGCCGCGAUAACAGCUACGAAGACUCGCGUGAGUCCAGCCGCAGCCGCGGUCACUCGCCUUUCCGAGACCAGAGAGAUCGUGCAGGCUCGGAUGCAUCAGGCCGCUCUAAGAGUCGAACCAGACUUCGCGAACGUGAUGACCUUGAAACUGUGGAUGAGGGUUCAAUCAUUGCACAUGAGAAUUUCGUUGCUCCUGAGGGCUAUGAGCCUCCCAUGCCUGCCUCGCGCCCUACGUCGAGUCGUCCAUCAGCAGAAAUGUCUGACUCUGUGAACUUCGACCGCACUCCCUCUACCGCUUCGGGCAGACACCGCAGUACCAGCCGAUCCGGUACGCCUAGCUUCCAAUACGAGCGGCCAUUCCAGUUCUCGCAGUCCAACACAUCCUCAAUCAUCGGUGCUUCGCCCCGGGCCCCGCCUGCAGCCCCGGCCUACUCUGCCAAUGCCACUCCUCCGUUGAACGAAAUGCCGGAAUACAGCUCGUCUACAUCCCUGGCUUCUGCUUCCAGCAGCUCCCAGAUUCCCCAACGUGGUUUGGGACACGGCUCCCUCCUAAAGCGCCCUGUGAACAAAAAGCAAAUCUCCGAGCCUACCUUUGUCUCAUCCACAUCCGAUGUCCCUCUGGUCGGUCUGCCACCCGGAUCCGCGCUGCCUUCACCCAUCAGCCCACCUCCAGUGCCACCUAUGAACCCCCGCCGUCGCCGUGGAACCGCCACCCAAACCAUUUUGGGUGCGUUCAAGAGCGAUAAGAGCGACAAGAACGACUUGUCGCGGGUCACUUCCCCCGUCCCGAGCGCCGCAGAAGAACAAAGCGGUUUCCCAGAUGAAGAGAAACGCCCGCGUUCCCGCAACCGUCUCCACAAGACUUCAAGCGAUGGCGGCAACCUGAAUGGGCGCGCACGCCAGGGAUCCAUGCCUGGCUCUCCGCCGGCUGUUCCUCAAUACCCGCCUCCUGCCAUACCCGUCGAUGGAGGCAUGUUCUAG